AUGUUGAAACACACCAAAGUAUCCAUUACUAGGGAGAAACGAACUCGAGACUACAUACCAGAAGGAAUUUUAUCUUUCAGCGACGAGGAUACAAAAGAGAUCGUACAGCCUCACAAUGAUGCACUGGUAAUAUCUGUGCAUGUAAAUAAAACUCGAAUUAAAUGUGUGUUGCUUGAUCCAGAUAGCUUGGCCAACAUCAUUCUGUUGAGGGUCAUGGAGCAGCUCAGUCUACAAGACAAAAUCAUGCAUGCAAUCCGAUUUCUAAACGGUUUCAACAUGGCAUGUGAAACUACCAAGGGGGAGAUAACGUUACCGGUUAAUACCACCGAAACCAUACAAGAAGCCAGAUUUUAUGUAAUCGAAGGAGACAUGAGGUACAUCGCCCUUCUCGGAAGGCCAUGGAUNUAA